AUGCUAGAAACAGUAUUGAUCGAUAUUCUUUAUGAUGCUAAUGGGAGGAAGCUUACCACUGCUGCAGAGAUUAAAGAAGAGAUUAAAGCUUUCUACCAUGGUCUUAUUGGUUCUGCUGCAGACACUUUGGAGGGCAUUGAUGUUACAGUGGUGAGACAGGGCAAGAAACUCUCUGCAGCUUCAGCUCAAUCUUUAGUUCUUCCUGAGUUCUUCUCCACAGGGAAACUUCUGAAACAAACUAACAACACUGUUGUUACUCUAAUUCCAAAAAUUCACAAUGCUACAAUGAUGAAUGAUUCCCAGGCUGGCUUAAUUCCUGGUAGGAACAUUGCAGAUAAUAUCCUACUGGCUUCUGAACUGGUGAAAUGCUAUUCAAGAAAAUACAUCUCCCCUAGAUGUAUGAUAAAGGUGGACCUCAAGAAGGCUUAUGAUUCUCUGGAAUGGCCCUUCCUGAAGGCAAUGAUGCAUGAAUUAGGAUUCCCUGAUAUUUUUAUUACAUGGGUCAUGGAAUGUUUAGGAACUGUCUCCUAUUCUAUUCUUGUGAAUGGAUUCCCUACCCUUCCUAUUCCUGCAAAAAAGGGGUUGAGGCAAGGGGAUCCAAUGUCACCCUAUCUUGUUGCCCUGGAUGUGCCUUCUGUUACUGCUCUAUUUGGAGCUUUUACCAAGUUUUCAAAUGCUUCUGGUCUCAGUGCUAACCUGCAUAAGAGUGAAGUCUAUACACCUGGUGUUUCUGAAGAUGUUUCUAACCAGAUUGCUACUACAAUUGGCAUUCAGAAAGGAAAUUUACAACUUGUUAAAUCAGUUUUAUUUGGAAUGCAACUCUACCGGUGCCAGAUAUUUGUAAUGCCCAAGAAAGUUAUGAAGGAAAUCCAAAGUAUAUGCAGGUGCUUUCUAUGGACAGGUUCAGAUAUUGGCUCAAAAAAGGCUCCAGUUUCUUGGGAUCACAUGUGCCUACCUAAGAGUUGUGGUGGGUGGAAUCUAAAAGAUUUAACAAUAUGGAAUAACGCUGUUGUACUGAAACACUCCUGGGCUUUAUCUAUGAAACAAGACAGAUUAUGGGUGAAGUGGAUCCACACUUACUAUGUGAAACAGCUGGACUUUUGGACCAUGCCCAUCCCACCUGGGCUAACUUGGUCCUUAAGGAAGAUUUGGCAGUAUAGAGAUGUUCUAAUGCAAGUAGGAGGGGUGAAUCAGUUUAUCCAUGCUGGUAAAUUCAAGAUCAGUAAAAUGUAUAAGCACCUUCAGAGUGGUGCCAGUCAUGUGCAUUGGAAGAGAAUCACUUGCAACAGCAAGGCUAGUCCUAAAGGGACUUUCAUCACUUGGUUAGCAUUACAAAACAGACUGCCCACCAAAGACAGAUUGAUUAGUUGGGACAUAGACAUCAGUGGUGGCUGUGAAUUUUGUCAGGUGCAUGAAGAGAAGUUGACACACUUGUUCUUUGAGUGUCAGUACUCAAAGGAGAUUUGGAGUACAGUUCUUACCCAGUUGAGUAUACAGAGAACUGUCCAGAACUGGGAUGAUGAGGUUAGAUGGGCAGCUGUGCAGAGCAGGAGCACAAAAGCAAAAUCCAGACUGUGUAGUAUUGCCUUCAUUGAGACUAUUUAUGCUGUGUGGAUUCAGAGGAACUCUGGUGUGUUUAGCAGUCAUUAUGAUUCUAUAGAAACAGUUGUAAGUAGAAUCUUGUUUUGUGUGGCUUGUAGAACUUAG